UUUGGAGAGGGAGUGAAAUAACAUUGCUGCCUUUACUCAGGACUCUCCACACAGCGGGUAUUAAUAAUAACAAGGCAGACGGGAGAAGAGAAAACCUUUACCAAUUGAACAACUCGCUUUUAUUCACUUUAUAGUGAUAAAAUUCGUAUAAAGGCGAAACGGCGGAUAAUAAGUGCACAGUUUGCGUUCACGGCGUCGCUGUUGGGGGAUUUAAGAACUCAGACCCGUCUCUCCGCGCAGCGCUCCGGGUCUAACGUUAACGGCGUUUACGGCGAACUGUUGCCGAGCUCGAGCUCCGGACGCGGCGUUUUUUACUAACGGAAAGCGAAGCGAAGUUUUUUUUCAGUACGCGUCGACUUAAAAUGAAGGUUUAGCUCUGGAGGAGGAGCAGUUCCGUGGCCGAGGGGAGCGGGGAUGUGGGCCGAGUUGGACGGUCUGGGGAGACGGGGAGAGCUCGGUUAGCGUUAGCUUUAGCCUGAGAGGAGCGUAACUAACGUUCCAAGCGCUUCAGUUUAGCGGCUGAGAAUAAUGUGAACGUUAAAGUGACGUUUAACGUCAACUAGCUAGGUUGCAAACAUAGUUAAAAUGUGCAAGGAUAAACGACACAAUCUAAGUUGUCAUUUUAGCUAGUUUAACUAGGAUAAAAACGUUAUUUUGUUUUUGAAGAGCAAAUAAACAGUAACGUUUGUGUUAAUAGCUAUAGCUAUAUUUAAAAUUAGUUCAUUUAGCUAACUUAAUUAGCUAUGGAAAGCAAGUCAACUGUUAAUAAGGAUAAAACAGUUUUCUUGUAUUGAAGAACAAAACAUCACUAUUAUAUAGCUAGCUACUUAAGAAACGUUUAGUUUAAAUGUCUAGUCAUAUAAAAUGUAAUGUAAGCGUUUAAAAAACGUUAAACUGGGAAAUAGAGAAAUGUUAGCUAGCAAGGUUAGCUAAGUUUGGUUAAAAGCUAGUAAGAUAAGUUAGCUAUCUAACUUGCGAGUUUAGCUAAUGGUUUAGGAUAAAAGUGUAGAAGAAUAAAAACACUCCUCUAUGUUACUUAUCAAACAUUUACUUUAAAUGUUUAGUUAAUAUAUUAUGUGCAAAGUAAUGUGAGAGUUAAACAGCGUUAAGCGUUAAUGUUAGCUAGUUAGUUAGCGUUAGUUAACUAGCUAGGCUAACCGGCUAGGUGAAAUAAUUAACUUAGCUUAAAAAUAAUAAUAAUGAAACCGUUUUUGUUUAUAAGUUUAAUAUCAAGGUAGCUAGCUAGCUAACUUAAUUAAAAUACUAAGUUGGGCAUUAAAGUAAAGCUUAAAUUGAUGAGUAUUAGAUUAGCAUACUUUUUCAUACAAUUAAAGCAGUUUUUGCAUAUAUUGAAUGAAGCUUGCAUUUUUUAAGAUUAGCUAACGUCAUCUAAGAUAUUUUUUGAUAAUGCGACUUUGGGUGUAUAAACUCCGGAGGAGAAGGAAAAGUGCCGUUAAUCCAGGCUGGACCCCGUGAUGAGCAGUGGGACUUGUUUAUGGAAGUUGGGGAAGUUGUUGUAAUUGAGCUGAAGCUAAAGAAGAAGUCGUGUUUGUCUGAACGCUGUUUGUAAAAAUGGUGGAGGGUCGGUGCUGCCUGCAGAGAGAGGAGGUGUACCGCUGGUUCUCCGGGCUGAACUCAGCUCAGCGGGCCGAGUUCCUCUGCGGCAUCCUGGACCUCUGUGUGCCGGUGGAACUGCGCUUUCUCGGCUCCUGUCUGGAGGACCUGGCCCGCAAGGAUUACCACUCGCUGAGGGACGCUGAGAUUAAGGCGAAUAACCCGGCCGACCUGGCCCAUCUCGCCAACAUCACGGAUGAGGUGGUGCGCAGCAAGCUUCUGGUGUCCCUGGCGCUGCUCAGCUCGGACAACCGAGCCGCGGCGGCCGUGCUGUUCCGGACCCUUACGCACAUUGACGCCGUGAUCCACAACUACGGGCUGCAGCUGAAUGACGGCCGCACUGGGGAGCAGUUCCUGCUGCUCUUCACCAUGGCCUCCAACCACCCGGCUUUCAGCUUUCAUCAAAAACAGGUGCUCCGCCAGCAGCUCACCCAGCUCCAGGAGAUCCUGCAGGUGACGGGUGGAGAACCAGCACCGUCAGCCAGCGUCCCUGCAUACCUGAGUCCGAAUGGACAUCUUAUCUACCGGGGAGGACCAUGUCCUUGCUGCGCUAAGCCCCUGCAACAAGAUGUGACGACAGCCACAGUGGAUGAGGUGAUGCAGCCGACCCCUGCUCCCACUUGCCAGGACUUGCCAGUCACAGUGCAUGCAGUGAAACCUGGAAAAGUUCGGGUUGAGAGGAUUGAACUGAAGGGAGUCACACACAAAGCAGACACAUCAGCAGAGUACACUCUGGAGGUUCUCUGGUCCGACUCCACGCUGACUACUGUUGGGAAGACAUCACAAGAACUGAUAGAGUUAGUGUCCCAGCUGUCCAAACUUUUUCCUGAUGACUGUCUGGAGAAGUUCCUGCCCCAGUCUGGCCUCGAGCCUGCUCAUGAGUUAGACCCAAGGUGCCUGAGUUCUUUCCCUCUCCACGUUCUUCGACAUGACAGAGUGCGGCUCUUCUUCAGCUGUUCCUCUACUCCUACUUUCCCUGCCAACAAUCUAAGUUGUCUGCUUCAGUACAGAGGAGCAAGCAGGACAGUCUGUGGUGUUGCCAGCAUUCAGCCAGUCAUUAAUGUCCAUGCCCCGAUACCUCAGCCCUCUUCUCCUCAUCUGCCACCCCAGCCAACUCUGCCCCUGCACCCUGCUUUACCACUGGUAGAGGGCACCCCAGGUCAAAAUCACACCAAUCUCGCACCUCAUCUCCAGUCACAGCCCCCUAUUCAACAGCAACCUCAUUCACACCCCCAGACCCAAUCACAGCCAAGUCCAGAGCAAAACGGCAUUCUGGACUGGCUACGCAAGCUACGUCUACACAAAUACUAUCCUGUCUUCAAGCAGCUGACUAUGGAAGAGUUUCUUGCUCUGACAGAGGAGGACCUGAAUAAGUAUGACCUGACUCAGGGAGCGAAAAAGAAGCUGAAGACUCAAUUAGAGCUUCAGAAGGAGAAGUUGGAGAAAAGAUACGUGAUGUCUCAGUUUCCUCUGUCCUGUGGAGGAGUUGCUCGAGUAACGCCUUCCAGUUACAAUGGCCCUCUAACACACACACAUCCAAGCAGCAGCAAUACAGAGUUGAGGGUGGAGGUAGAGUCUGGUUCGUUGCCUGUUCUUCGUGACAGCAGUUCCUCAUCUGGCUACUCUAGCGCCCCAUCCAGCCCAAUGACCCCUUUGUCCCGGGACGCAUCCUUCGAACGAGCCAAAGAGCCUCACAGACGUAUAGAUUCUCUCUCGGAGCCUGGAGAAAAGGAACGGCCUUGUUUUCUGCUCAGCGCUGCUGGUUCCGCCAGCCCUUGUCGACCCACAGCUCAGGUUCUUCCAGUCCAGAAUGACCCAUCGUUAUCGGCAUCACAUCUGAGCAGCCUUAACCUUCCUUCCCUCCCGUUACUGUCUCCAGGGCGAGGAAUGAACUCUGCCAGAAAGCCCCGACCUCCACCAAACUGCUCCGAGGAGAGGCCUAAACCCACUGGGGCAGGGUUGGCUGUUGGUGGCCGCCUAGAAAGUCUCUUUCCUGGCAUGAGCGUAGUAGAUAGUGUCCUUCAGGGGCACCAGGACAGCCUUGGUGCUCGUGGGCCUUUAGCAGGGUUGCGUUCUCCUCCAGGACUGAUGGUGGAGACCAGCACUGCAUUAACUGCAACCUCUAACACUCUACAUCACGUCUCUCACCCACCACUACACCUACAGGUAUCUCCCUCUCCUUCCCACCCCCGCACGAAUCAGUACCCUCACACUGCCUCCUCCUCGUCCUGCUCUUCCUCUCCCAGCCUGGCCUCCAAACCAGCUUUCCUGCCUGUCAGUGCUGUUCCUGUGGCAACAGCAAGCAGUGUUCCUGUGGCAGCGGUGUCUGGAAACGCCUACAGCAUCAAUAGCCCCUCCAUAGCCCCCCUCAGUUCCAGUCCCAUCAGCACAGAAGCUGUAGGUUACGGUUCAGGCCAGGCAAACGGUGCGAGUUCAGGCUCAGCUGUGUGUGUGUGCAGCUCGUGCGGCUGCAGUGGAAACUGUGGCUCUUACGGCACGCUGCCGGCCAGCUAUGGUGGAUACUUCCCGCACCCGUUCUCCGGGACAUCUGUGUUUACACUGGGGCCUCUGCUCCACUUCAGUCCACUCCUCACUGGAAGUGGCUCUGCCUCUCCUUUCUCCUACCCCCUGGUGGCACCACCUCUUUACAACAGCAGCUUAUCACAUGACUCACAGCAGAACCUCGUUCUGCCUCCAGUGCAGGGCUUUUUAGGGGGAGGAGCUAACAUAUACCAACCCCAUGGGAUAAUGGGAAAUGGAGGCACGGGACAGAAGAAGACAGGAAACAUGUCCUGCUACAACUGCGGGCUGAGCGGCCAUCGUGCACAAGACUGCAAACAGCCACCAAUGGACUCCACUCAGCAAGGCAUGUUUCGUCUUAAGUAUUCUCCUCAGUCAGACAGCCAGGACUCUGGUGACUAGGCGCAAAUUCGCAAGUGUUUGUGAGUCUUUUGGAACGGAGCCCUCGUCCAUGUGUGAACUUGCACUCGUCGAGAACCCCCACAGGAACAAGGCUCUGGAUUUACUCCACAGCUGAAGCACUUGGAAUAACAACCCAGCCUGGGCUUCUCCAAGUGCUGUUGGGAGACUGGAUCAGAAGACUUCAGAAAACUAUUAUGAUUGUUACCUUGAAGAGAGGUGUCAGUCCAGUCAGGGAGUUAGACCGUAUAAACAGCACUAAAACCAAAGCGCAAAAAGCACCUUGCUUUAUAAAGGAUUAUUGCAAUGGGAGAAUGUAAACAUAGCCGUUUUGUUCUCCCUCCUCAGGUUUGUACUGGCCUAGCUGUGCACUUUGCUAGUUCGGACCAUGCCUUUUGUGAGGAGACUUUAAGAGAUUGGAGAGAACUCUUUAGGGCCUUCUGCUUUAUGAAAGCCAGUCCCUCCUCUGAGAAGUGUUGCAAGGAGUUUGUGAACAAGGCGGAGACUGUGUUGGGAGGAGGGGCUUCAGGCAUGUUCUUCCUCCCAUAAUUGAGUGGUUUCACACAAAAAACACCACUUUGUAUAGACAUUAUUACUGCUUAGAGAAAGUGGUUUAGGGAGAUGGAUUUUGUGUGCCUUUGGAAGCACUUUGGAAGAACAGGAAAGAAGACACUGUCGUCUUCUUCAGUUCUGCGGAAAACAGAGUAAAGCGAUGGUUUUGACUGUAUUUGCACAGACUCACAAAUUUUAUAAUGUUUUGGAAGACUGUCAAUUAUUAGUGUUCUAUUCUGAAUGGUUACAUUUUGUUAUUUUAAUGUUUUAUGUGCCAUGUUAAAUGCCAUGAAAAAUGAAAAAAAAAAAAAAAAAAAAAAACUACCCAGGAAUGACUCUUAUCUUUUAUAGCAAGUUAUUUCUUGUUGAAAUUGUGGUCUACGAUGUCUGUUUGGAUGUCUUACUUUUGAAGAUCUUUAUGGUUUUUGAUAUCGGGUUGUCAGUUUUUGUUUUUAAUAUCUCGUUCACAGCUAAGCCUUCAUGUUGGGACAAAGUAAAUACAUCAGUGUGAAAGGGAGAGAAAUUGAGAAUAUAAUCUUCACUUUUGUGAUGGUGUUUAAAUCCACAGCUGCCUAUAAACUGUUGGACAGUUUUGCACAUUGGAAAAUGAUGAAAGAACAUGCUCAAGUGCUAAAUAAUUCUUACCUGACAAUCUACACAUGCAUGGUCCUAAACAGUCAAACAGCCACUGUCAACAAAUAAGUUAUCAAGGACUUCAGUAUCCCACAAUCCAAUUCCAUGUUCAGAGGAAGACAUUUCUAAGGAAAUGUGGAAAUUGUUCAAUGGAGCCUUUUUUAUUAAGUCUUCAGUCGGAACUCAUUGCAUGAUGCCUUAUAAGAAGUAUUUGUUCUGUACAUUUGGAAUAUGUAUGUAUUCAGCCUCUAUUACUAUCACAGUAAGGUUGCACCUUGAAUGGUAAUCUCUUUUCAUUUCGUUUCUGCCAUUUUGUAUUUAACAGUGGAUGCUGAAUGGAGUUUGUAUUCAGAGUUAUUUUGUAUACUUGGGCAAUUUGUGAUUUUUCAAUAUUAAACUUUUUUCAGAUUUA